AUGAAUCUAGGUUCUUAUCCAAAUCCAAGUCAAAAUUCAAAUUAUCAUAGCCGCAGUCGACGUCAGCAACAACAACACCGUUCUCGUCAGCAAUUGCAACAUCUGAAUCAUAAUUACAAUCUGAAUCAAAAUGUCAAUAUUACACAACCUAUCGUUAAUAUAGUUGCUGGUAGUGACAAAGCUUUGUUAUUGUCUGUGGAAUGUUGGGAGAAUAUCUUUAGAUAUUUGACGCCAAAUUACAAUGAUUUACAUUCUUGUUUGUUAGUUAAUAGAUUUUUUUGUAAAAUAGUUGUUCCAAUACUUUGGGAAUCGCCAUUCAGUCAAUAUAUCAAAGAUAAAAAUAAAAAUAAAAACCAAUCCAAGGACCUUAAUAACAAAUGUUAUCAUAAAUUAAUAAGAACGAUAUUAAGUGGCUUAUCACCUAUUAAAAAAAAUUAUUUAAUAUAUAAUGGAAUUAAUUCAAUUAGACAUUUGCCUGCCUCCACCACUUUUAACUAUGUUUCACUUAUAAAAUCAGUUAUAUUAGAUCAAUGGACAUUAGAUCAGCAACUAAUUAAUUUAUUAGUAUUUGAUAAUCUUAAAUAUUUAAAAAGUCUUGUAACAACAGAAUGCGAAUAUUUAAGCCUUUUCAUAAAUCAUCUAUUAUUAUUUAAUAGCAAUAAUAAUCAAAUGGAAGGAGGAGAAUUUAAAAAACCUCUUAACGAUAAUGAUAGUGAUAAUAAUAAAUCUAUUAAAGUUACUAGCAAAUUAUUUUCAAAUUUAAAAGAGUUUCAUUAUAAUCCAACUGAUUUCGGAUAUUACGUAUUCACAGCUUUAUCAGAAGCGUCUGCAAACAAUUUAACAAAAUUAUCAAUCAAAGAUAUCUUUAAUGUCAAGCAAUUGGAAUCUCUCAAAAAUUUAGUAAGUUCACAAAACAAUUUGAAAUAUUUGAGGUUGGAAUUAACUGAAAAAUUAAGUCAGAUCGAGAGUGGUGGAAUAUUAUCAGAUUAUUAUUGUCAAUUGUUCUCUAUAUUAAAAAGUCAGAAAAAAUCUUUAACUUGUCUAAAGCUUGUGAAUUUGAAUUUCCGGUCCAUCACCUCAGAUUCAAUUAGUUCGUUAUCAGAGUGUGAUAAUAUUAGGACGUUGCAUCUUAUCAAUUGUAAAAAUAUUUCAUCGUCCAGAUUCUUCUCUCUCGUUUUUCACAAUCUCAAAGAAUUAAAAUAUGAAAAUUUCUAUAAUUUUCUAAACGAUCAAGAUUUCCUAAUCAACUUGUUAGUACAUUCAAAUAAAUCAUUGGAAACGUUAGAUGUUUUCUAUUUGAGAGAUGAUGACAUUAAAAAAAAUGAUUCAAACUUUAUCAAAACUUUAACCUCAAAUUGCAAAAAUUUGAAAACGUUGAGACUAAGACUAUUACAGAACGACGAAUUGUUUAUGAUUUUCAAAUGUUUGAAAAAUCUUACUCAUUUCAACUUCUUUUUAUCCGAUCAAUCCGACUGGAGUGAAAAAACUUUUAGAGCAUCGAGUGAGUUGAUGCCAAGUACUUUGAAAUUGCUAAAAAUUGGCAUUUGGCAAGACUUACCUUCGUUCGAUGAAUUUUCCCUCAGAGAAUUUCUCAAUGGUUGCAAAAAAAUAAAUUUGGACAGAUUGGAAAUUUACUCUUUUCCUAAAUUAAAUGUUCAUUACGUUUCCAUUUUAAAGAAUGGUGGGGUCAAUUACAAAUUAAUUGAGGCCAUGGAUGAUUGGUAA